AGAGAGAGAGAGAGAUUAAAUGCAGUCAAUUAAUUAGCUUUGUAACUAAAAAACUCAGGACAAGAUGCCGAGUCGACGAUGGAAGCCAAUGACAGCCAGGAGCUGCUGCACGGUGGAAGGGCAGACGGUGCUGGGGACUCUGAGCCGCUGCCGGCCAUCACGGUCCGAGUUUUCCAAGAAGGUGGCCGAGUUACCGUCAUUCCGUAGGCUCUCAUUCUCGGACUUGAGUAGCUCUUCAUCGGCCAGGUUCAAUAAUGAGGACUUGGCGCACUCGAUUGGAGCAGGGUUGUACGCGUUCCAGCUCUCGGAGCUCAGAGCGAUCACGCAUGACUUCUCGAGUAACUUUUUACUGGGCGAAGGGGGAUUCGGCACCGUGCACAAGGGCUAUGUCGAUGAUAAGAUGAGACCAGGCCUAAGGGCUCAGGCCGUUGCUGUUAAACUCUUGGACAUUGAAGGCCUUCAAGGCCACAGGGAGUGGCUGGCGGAAGUGAUAUUUCUGGGUAAGCUCAGGCACCCUCAUCUGGUGAAGUUGAUUGGGUACUGCUGUGAGGACGAGGAGAGGCUUCUUGUCUAUGAGUUUAUGCCUCGUGGUAGCCUUGAGAACCACUUGUUCAGGAGGAUGUCAGUGGCAUUGCCAUGGAACACAAGGCUGAAGAUUGCUAUUGGAGCUGCUAGAGGGCUAGCGUUUCUUCAUGGCGCUGAGACUCCUGUUAUUUACCGUGACUUCAAAGCGUCUAACAUUCUCUUAGACUCUGAUUUUACUGCUAAGCUCUCUGAUUUCGGUCUGGCUAAGAUGGGACCAGAGGGUGAAGACACGCAUGUAACAACUCGGGUCAUGGGUACCCAAGGAUAUGCGGCACCAGAAUACGUUAUGACUGGGCAUUUAACAACCAGGAGUGAUGUGUAUAGCUUUGGAGUGGUUCUGCUGGAGUUACUGACUGGGAGGAGAUCAGUGGACAAGAAUAAACCCAAAAGUGAAGAGAAGCUCGUAGAUUGGGCCAGACCUUACUUGACGAGCUCCAGGAAACUACGCUUCAUCAUGGACCCGAGGCUGGCCGGACAGUAUUCAGUGAAGGGAGCCAGAGAGGCUGCUUCAUUAGCUCUGCAGUGCAUCAGCCCCAUGCCUAAAGACCGGCCAAGAAUGCCUGCCGUGGUGGAGGCGUUGGAAAGCUUGCAGCAUCUAAAAGACAUGGCUGUCAGUUGUGGAGCUUGGCCUGCGACUCCCAUAUCUGGCAGGACUGCUUUAUCUGCAAAAAACAAGCUGGAGGCCAUGGCCGACACCCGCCGCCGGCCCAUGCCUUUCAGACUAUCGUGAAUGAAUGAGUGAAUGAAAUUAAUACCAUAUAGUGUUAUGCUGGUGUGUGUGUGUGUGUCUCUCUCUCUCUCUGUAAAUCCAUAGUAUUGCAUUGUGUGUAUUAUUAUAAAAUCGGUCUAUAUAUGUA